AUGAUAGUGAAAAAUGCAAAAGAACAGAAGGAUGAGUAUAAAAAAGAGGAAUAAAGACUUAAAGGUUUAGCUGCGACAUUUUGUGAUUUAGAUUCAUAAAAUUUCAUAACAGAAUUUAUACCACAGUUUUUGGAAUAUUAUGUUAGUUCAUAAACAAGAAACCAGCAUGCAAACAAAUUGCCAUUAGUAUCUAUACCAAAUAGUUCAUUUAGAGACAUCUUAACCAAAUUCGAUAUAAACUUAUUAUUUCCUGAGAGGAUUUGGGAAUUUUCAAUGACUAGUACUUUACCAUUAAAAUCUUAUAGCAACCUUCCAAGAGUAACUUACUAAACAUAGAUUCUUAGCCUAAAAACUACCAUAAAUAUUAUAUAUGAUGAAAUUGAUUUUAAGAGGACAUUUUGAAUUUCGACCAAAACAAUCUUACCCUAAUGAUUUUGAGUCAUCUCAUUAUUAUAUGUAUAGGUUUAUAAAGAUGGAAUUUUAAUCAAAUUUAAGUCAAACAAUUUAUGAUGUCUAUAAUUAAUUUAACAAAAAAGAAAAUAUUGCUGUACAAAUAAUUCCAAAAUAAAUAUUUACUCUAAAUUCAUAGAAUCAACUUUCUACUUUAUAAUAUGCUGAUACUAUUGUGUUUAUAUGUUAUUCAUAUGGUGACGGUGAUAAAUACAUUAUGCAAUAUUUAAGAGAAUUAGAUGAAGAUCCUUUUCUUCAUCAGGAUUUAUUUCUUAAGUUUAAUUAGAAUAUUAAUUUACUAUAUUAUAAAAAAUCGAAGAAAGGAAUGUCAAUAAAAGUUAUGUUACACCCAGAAAAUAUAAAAUUAAAACUUUUAACCAGAUUAAUUUGAAUUUUCCUAGAAAUAUCAAAGAUGGAUUAAAAAAACUGAUAUCAUUAAUUAUGAAAAUCGAAUUUAAAUGUAGAAUGAAUUGGAAUCAUAAUAGUAUCUAUUGAAAAAAUACAUAUUUACUCCUAAUUUUGAAUAAUAUCGGAAGUUAUUGAGAAAUAUUAAAAGCGAUAAUUUUUAGUUAAAUAAGGAAUAAUAUAAAGAUAUUUCUGAAGAAGGUGAUAUAAUUUUAAUGGGCAGAAGUGGAACUGGAAAAACUAUUAUCUCAUUGUUGAAAUUAUUUAUCACCGAUGCAAUAUUUAUGUUGAGGUAGAAUCUAAACCUCUUUAAAGAAUCCUCUAAAAUUCAUCUAUAAUAUAAUAAAGAACUCUAAACUGGAAUUUAAUUGAGGACGUUAUUUUUAACAUCAAGCCCUUUAUUAGCUUAAUAAAUUAAAUAGAAAUAUGAAAACAUGGUUAAAAAUGUUUAAGAGAAUUUAAGACAAAAGAACCAAGUUUAAAGGAUUUUAGAAUAGAUAUCAGAUAACUUGAACAAUAGCACAGUGCAGAUCCUAGAUAUGUUAGGAGAGUAAGAUUAAAAUGAGGGAUAAUUUGAGAUUGAAAAUGAAAAUGAACAUGAAAAUGAAGAAGAUGUUGAUCAAUAUGAAAAAGAGAUGGGAUAGUUUUAAACUAUUUCAGAUAUUAAAAAGUUUCCUGCCUUUCUUACUAUUAGAAAAUUAUUAUUUCUUAUUGAUUCUUCGCUACAUAACUCUUUUUUUAAAAAUAAGGAUAAGAUACAUAGAUCAGCUUAAUGGCAUAAUGAAUAUUUUGGAGUCCUAUCUAUGAAUUAAAAUGUCACUAAUAACAAUUCGGAGAAGUUAGAUUAAGAAGUUCAUGAUCUUGACUCCAAGGAAAUAAUGUACCACAAUAAAUUAAAGGAAGUUACUUUGGCAAUUUUUAAGGAGUUUGUCUGGCCCAAAAUCUUGUAAGAAAUUGUCCUAAAUGAAAAAGAAUCCCUUGAUUAGCUAGACCCUAUAAUAAUUUGGUCAGAGAUCAUCACAAUAAUAAAAGGGAAUUAAAAUUCAUAUAAAUAUCCUAAUCAUUAUCUAAUUGAAUAGGAAUAUUUGAGAAGGUAUAGAUAUUUUAGAAAGCCAGGCCCAAGCUUGGUAUAUAAAAUAUUCUUAAUAUAUGAGAAAUUAAAGUAAAGAUUUGACUAUUAUGAUAUUCUUGAUCUCAUAAAUAAUAUUAAUCACUAAUAAGCUAAUUGUUUUGAUACUAUUUAAUAUAUGCACUAUAUUAUACUUGAUGAACUAUAAGGUGUUCCAAAGGCUUUGUUAAUACUGCUCAAUAGAAUGACUCAUGUUUAGCUCUUUUUAGCUGGUGACAAUGCUUAAAAUAUUUUUAAAGGUAUUUGGAUGUCAUUCUCUAAUAUAUAGAGUUGUCUCGAGGAAGAAAACAAAAAAGUAUAACCGAUUAGAAAGGGUAACAUAAGAUUUCACUAAUGAAAUUAGCACAGAAUUUCAGAUCUAGCAAUUAAAUUUUAUAAUUAGGUAAUACUUUGGUCAAUGCUCUUGAAUUAUUGUUUGAUGGUGAAAUUGAUUUCCUGCAGAAAGAGAAAUCAGAUUAAUAAGGACCAAAACCAACUAUUAUUUAGAGCUGCGAAAAUAAGGAUCUGUUGAAUUAUUUACUACAAUAAUAUAGAAAUAAUGAAAAUAAUGUAGAACUCAAUAGCAAUUUGGUGAUUAUUGUAAAAGAUUAAGAUUCCAAAUAAAAAAUUCCGAUAGAAUUAUAGAAUGCAAUUAUUUUAACUAUAUAUGAAGCAAAAGGAUUAGAAUUUGAUGAUGUAAUACUUUUUAACUUUUUCUCCUAUACCAACACUUAUGAAGAUGAAAAUGUCAUGAGCCUUUUUCGCUAUAUAGAAAUAGUCAAUGUCAGGAUGGCUAAACAAGAAUGGGAGACUAAACGUAUAAUCAAUUAUUCUAUUUCUAGCCCAUAAUGUAAAAUAUUUAAGUUGCAAGGACAUUAAUUAGUAUGAGGUGGAGUUGACAAUCCUCAAAUAAAUAAAAAGUAAUAGAAAAUAACAUUAGGAUGCCAUUAAAAAAAAUCAUAGCAAGCCCAAUCUUACUCUAUAAUAUGAAUUAAAAUAGCUCUAUGUGGCUGUAACCAGACCAAAAAAAAAAUUAAUAAUAUUUGAUUAAUAGUUAUAAAAUAGAUAGUAUAUUCAGAAGAUUUGGGAAGAAUUGGAGAUAGUAGAAAUAAUUUAUGAUACUCAAUUAUAGUAAAACUAUGAAUAAAAGUUUGUAUUACCAUUUUCAAUAGAUAAUAAAGCUAAUUGGAAGAAGUAAGGAUAUAGAAUGCUAAUUAUGAUCAAGCAUAUAAGUGUUUUAUGUUUGCUACUGAAAUAGAAUUAGCAAAGAAAUGCAUGGCCUAUCAUUUAGCAACGUAGGCUACUCUUAAUUAAAAUAAUAUAUAUUAAUUCAUUCAAGCGGCAUAGCUAUUUGAAGAAACAAAUCUAAUAAAAAGGGCAGCCUCCUGUUACUUUUCAGCAAAGAAUUAUUAGAAAGCCUUUCAAUUAUAUCAAUAAUUAGAUUGCAAAAUUGAAAUGGCUGAAUCUGCUUACUUCAUGAGGUAAUAUAAGCUUGCAGGUCAACUAUUUUCAGAAUUAGGAGAAAUAAGAAGAUCUAUUGAGUGUUUCAAUAAAUAAAAACUAUGGAAUGACUCCUUGGAUUAAGUUAACUUAAACAAAGACUAAUUAACGACUGAAGAAAAAUUAAUGUACUUAAGUAUUAUAAUUCCAAAAUAUUUGAAAUCGAUAAUAGAAGAUAUUGAAAAACAAGAAUUAUUACAAUACGAAUAGGAAAAACUUAUUGGAAAUUAAUCUGAAUCUUUUUCAGUUUAUAAUUCUAAUGUUAAUGACAAUUUAAUUGAAGAACAUAAUAAUGAAGAAAAAGAUCUGGGAAUAAUUAAUCCUCAUGAUGAUUCUCAAUCAUUUCAAGUAGUAUUCGAUACAUCACUUGAUCACUUAUCUUUUUAUGACCCAGAUGAUGAAUGGCUGAAAGUUGACAAUAAAUCUUUAAUUAGAUCUAUUUCAUCUUCAAGUGUGGAAUCAAAAUUUUCCCAUGUCUUACUUAUGAAUUAACCUACAACUACUCCACUUCUUAAAUCUAGAUAAAACAUUUUUAUCCAAAAUAAAGUAAUGCUACAUAUGUGCAAAAGAUUUUAAUAAUUUUAAAAUGAAUUUAAACUAUUGUUAGAAAAUUAAAAAAGUUAAAGUGCAUUACUGUCAUUUAAAAAAACCGAAGAGAAGGAGAUAGGCAAUUCGAUUACUUUAUUUAAUGAUUUAGAGAACUUGGACUUAAAAUCUGUUUAUUUUGUUUUGGAUAUCCUAGAGCAUUGUAAAAGUUAUAAACUUUGUAUCUAUGUUUGCAAUUAAUUUUAAUUGUUCUAACAUUUAGGUAGAUAUUUAAUUUCCUUGGGGUCCCAAUAUACUCCUAUUAAUAAAAAUAAAUUUUAAUUCUAAAAUUGGAUUAUUGGUAUCAAUUUAUAAAGAAAACAUUUAUUAGAUCAAUCAAUCUUAGCCUAAAUGACAUUCAAUAAUAUUUUAGAAUUUAUCAACCCAAUUUAUUUAGAAUUUAAAUAUGAUGAUACACUUCAUUAUUACAAUAGUUUUGGAAUAGAAUGCUAUAAAUCACUGAUCGGAUUAGGGUAUUGGAGAACUAUAAUUUAUUAAUUGAACUAUGAAAAUGCUGUUAAAUUAUGUUAAUCUUUUAAUAACUAUUAAGAUUGGGUGAUCAUUAUUCAAAAAAUCAAGUAAUCUAGAGUGAGCUAAUUGUUAACGGAUGAAGAACAAUUUUAAUUAAUAAAAAAUUAAUACUUCAUUUAAGUAGAAUAACAUUUCCUAUCAAAUCAAUCUAAAAAUAAUAUAAUUAUUGAUGAAAUGUUCGAAAUUACUAUUUAAUGUGCAUCCUAAAGAAAAUUAAAUAAAGCUAAUAUAUUAAAAUUGCUCAAUAAUUCAAAACUACAUCAGGUUAAUCUAACAAGUUAAGAAAAGCUUAAAUAAAUAGAAUCUAUUAUCUUAUGUAUGUUUUGCUUUAUAGGAAUAUUAAAGUUAGAAACAGAUUCCUAUUGCUUAUUAAUUGAUUUAGUUAAUUAAUAGUAGUACUGCAUUAAUCAAUUGCAAUUUGCUCAUCUUAAACCUAAUAUAAUUGAAGCCCUUUAAUUCUUAUUCAAAUUUUCUUUCCCAACUGGAGAUACUAUGAUUGAUUAUUCUUAAUUUUGUAUUAUUCACAUCACAUCUAAGCUGAUAAAGAAUUUUAAUGAUCAAAUGAUCUUUAUAGAUAUAGCUUAUGAAUAUAUCUUAAUACCACUUGAAGUCUUAGGUUAACUUUUUAAGUAAUAUUUUUGCAAUUCCAAACCAAUAGUUAUAUUAUUUUCAACUAUUUAACAUAAAUAAGAUUAACUAGAAAUAAAAAAAUAUCAUUUAUGGCUUGAAAUAAAGGCUGCAAUAUUAAUUUGA